UUGGGAUGUUGAAAGGAACCCAAAUGGCCCCCUCCUUCCCAGCCCCACCCAUCGGAGAGCUUAAAUCCCAGCCUGGCUCAGCUAUGGGCAUUCACACCUCGCUCCCAACAGCACCAUGAAGUCAGUGGGCAUCUUCCUCCUCGUGGGGGUCCUCACCCUCUGGAUGGUGCUGCCGUCUUGGUCUGGCACAAUCUUACCCGUGCAAAAAAUCCCCAGAGUGAAACCUGGGACCUGCCCAGUGGUUCCUUUCAGGUGCAAGAUGCACAAUCCCCCUAAUCGUUGUCAAUCAGACAGCCAGUGUCCCGGGGCAGAGAAGUGCUGUGACAUCGGCUGUGGAUUGAGCUGUGUUCUAACUCAGCAAGUUACAGAGAAACCUGGGAUCUGUCCAUUGAUCACGAGUACAUGUCGCAUGAUAAAUCCUCCUGAUAAGUGUAAGGAAGACCAUGACUGCCUCGGCCCCAUGAAGUGCUGCAUGUCCAUCUGUGGGAAGGAGUGCAUUCAGCCCAACCAAGUGAAAUCUGGGACCUGCCCAGUGGUUCCUUUCAGGUGCCACAUGUUGAAUCCCCCUAAUCGUUGUCAAUCAGACAGCCAGUGUCCUGGGGCAGAGAAGUGCUGUGACACCGGCUGUGGAUUGGGCUGUGUUCUAACUCAGCAAGGGAAACCUGACACCUGUCCAUACAUCAUCGUUAAGUGCGCUAUGGAAAAUCCCCCAAAUCGCUGCUACUCUGACCGCCAGUGUCCAAGAUUCAAGAAGUGCUGUGAGACUUUCUGCGGGAGGAACUGUGUUUAUCCUAAGGGACAUGCAUAACUUCCUGCAUCCCGAGGGUGUUCCCAGCAGUAGUCGUGACACCAGCUCGAUGUGCCUGGCCUCGCUGGGGUCCCACAGGCCAGCCCUAGGAAAUCAGCUUGCACAAUGCCUGCACAGUGCCCGCAUUCUUAAUCCGUCUCGUCUUUAGCACCAACCACGCCACCUGUCAGGGGAGCUGCCAUGGAAUUUCAGACCCUGCCCACCUAGCACAGAGAAGACUGGGCUGCGGCCUCAUCCCGUGAGGGACCUGAGGAGCGUGAUUCACAGUCCCUGUGCAGUGGCUCUUUUCCUGCGGUCAAGGGGAAGCUUUGGGCGGGGCUGGGGGUCUCUUUCUUCUUGCCCUGACUCUGUAUAAUUUGGUGUCCCUGGCACCUUGUGCACUGUAACAAAUAAAGAAGCUUGUUCACGUA